CAGUGCGCCCUCUAGUUCUUAAAACUCUAUGGUUAUAUACCAUGUAUACCAGUACAUCUGAUGUGUAAUGUGCACGCUGUACACUUGUGUACGUACAGCAUAGCAGAUAGUCUGUAAAGUGUAUUUCUGAAGCAUUGUACCAGGAACAAAGCAGAAUUUUUAUUUUGCUGGUACAAAUAUACAAGGGUACAAUGUACAUUCUGUCCAUCCAUAUAAAAUACACUUUGUAAUGAGCUCAUCUGUACAGACAAUCAGACACUGUGCAGAUUACACUACACAUUUCCAGUGCAGUACAUGUGCAGAACGUGACUUACUUUACUUGUGCAUUGACCUUCUUUGAAGUUGUUGCAGUCACUUACAGACUUAUUUUGUGUGUGUAAUAUAUACAUCAGAAAGUAUUUAAUCAGCCCACAUCAGUCUUGGUUUUAUCGUUUCUUGUUAAAAUAGUAACUGUCGGAUAACAACUCCAACCCGGGUCUGGAACAGCAACGAUGAACCGUCCAUUCUGUGUUUCUGCACCUGGGAAGGUCAUCCUUCACGGAGAGCAUGCUGUUGUCUACGGGAAAACGGCGCUAGCGUCUAGCCUGAACUUGAGAACACGCUUGAAGCUGUCGCAGACGAACAUCAAAGACACUGCCUCUUUUUCCCUGCCGGACAUCGGACUGGAGCUAAAAUGGAGGUUAGACGACCUGAAUGAAAUCUUUGUUGAGUUUCUUAAAAGAGAAGCAAGUCUUGAUAUUGGGCCACCGACUGUCUCUCAGUUUGAUAAAAUGAAAGAGUUUACAAAGAUCUCUGAAGAGGGCAGUGCUAAAGACCUUGCUGUUCUAGCGGUGCUGUAUCUGUACGUAGCCAUUCUGGGAUCUAAUAAUGUGAUCAGAUUUCCUGCAAUUGAGGUUCAGAUAACCUCAGAGCUUCCAACUGGUGCUGGGUUGGGCUCAUCGGCCGCAUUCUCAGUUUGUUUAUCAGCGGCUUUCUUGACUCAAGCUGGUAGCAUCAUUCCUGUAGAGGGAAGCAACUCCUGGAAGCAGGAGGACCUGGAUCUUAUCAACCAAUGGGCGUUUGAAGCAGAACGAAUCAUCCAUGGAAAUCCCUCUGGUAUCGAUAACGCCGUCAGCACAUACGGUGGCGCUCUGCGUUACCAAGGAAAACAAAUCAAAUCGCUGGAGAACGUACCUCUCCUUCGGAUCAUUUUGAUCAACACAAAGAUCCCACGCAGUACCAAAGUUCUUGUUGCGGGCGUCAGAGUGAAGUUUGACGAAUACCCGGCGAUCAUUGGUCCUGUGUUCGAUUCGAUUGAAGAAAUCGCCCAGAAAUGCCAGUUAGUUCUUGAAAGUCUUGUGAUUGACAAGACCUUAAAGGAAGUAGCUGAUAAACAGACGAGCGUUGAAUCUCAUCCAAUCAGAGAACAGGGUGUGAUUCAUCCUGACCAAUCACCUUACUCCUCGCUGGAAGAACUGAUUGACAUGAAUCAAAAGUUUCUUGAGAUUCUUGGGGUUUCGCACCCCUCUUUGGAAAAGCUCUGUACCCUAACCUCUCAACAUGGUCUCCACUCAAAGCUAACAGGUGCGGGUGGGGGUGGGUGUACCCUGACCCUUAUUAGGCCAGACACGGUGCCAGACACGGUGAUACAAGUGAAGGAAGAUGUGGCUAAGCUAGGAUUUGAUCUGUGGGAAACAAGCAUUGGUGGCAUUGGUGUAGCAUUCCAUGCAGACGUGUAAUGGAUAGAGACGCUGGAUUUAUAAGUUUGAAAUUGGAAUUGACUCUGGACUGUGUCAAGUAAUUUUAUUCAGUAACUUUCUAAAUACAAACUUGUAAACUUGAUACUCGUCUAUAGUAUUCUGUAUGGCAAGUAUUUUGGCAUUGUUUAA